UUAUGUCUGAUUUCUUUAUUCUCACAUAUCUAUAUUGAGGAGCAUUCACACAGACUGUACAGCCCUCAUACCUAUUAUGAAAUAUCUGAUAUUGAAAUGUCAUGCUUCUUUUUAGUUUUGUCCAGCUGAGAACCAUAUUUGGUCUUUGAAGUUGAUUUCUUGCACAACGUGGAUUUGGAUAUUCAUCUAACAAGUAUUCACAUAAAGAAUUUCAACUUCAAGAGCCCCAACAAUCCAAGUUUAAACAUAGCCACAAUAACACAAUUUCAAGAGCAUCGAAUCUUGACAAAGUUUAAACAGUUCAUCAGUGUCUUGAUUACACAAAGCUAACCACAGCUGAGGUGAAUUGAACCGCUUCAAAGCCAUCAUUCCUGCUUCCAUUGAAACUGUUAUUUAUCUGUUAGUUAGUGUCACGUUCCCCAUCAAGAAAACCAAACAUGUCGCUCAACCAAACCUCUUUCCUCCAGCUUCUCAGUAGAUUAAAAUAAACAGUUUACGCAUUGUGUAACUAUAAGGCAAUUUUCUUGAUUUCGUUCUCUAUUCAAUUUGUAAAAUGUUGCAUCUUAAUUAUUGAGACAGUAUUUUAUACAAAAAUCUGAGUAGGACUUGAUUCGCUAUCAGAUGUGUUAUAAUAACGGAGAGGUGCAUCCGUUACGCAUUGCGGAAUUGUUCAAGCUAUUAAAUGGCACGGGAAACAUGAGUAAAAUAAUAGAUUGGAAACAAUAAUAAAUACAUUUUAUAUUUGAAACUAUUUUAGCAAUCGAAUGUUUUACAUUUCGAAUUUAUUGACGAUUAAAAAGUUGCAUCAUUUGCUUGCGUAAUUCCAGAUCCAAUGUGCUAAUUUUGUCACACAAGACAGUAAUUUUCAAAGCUAGUCUUCAAAAUAUUAGAGGUUGUGGGCAGGCGAUUUGGUGAUGUUGGGGGUUGUUUCCAGUUUUGCACAAUUUGACUGGCUGCCAUAUGAUACAGAAGUGGGUAUGGCAAAACAGCUCAGCGCAUGGUGGCUGAAAUUUGAUUCGCGUUUAAAAGGCCCAGCAACUCAGAAACCGAGAAGAGUUCGUUGGAGUCCUUUGCCCGUCAGCUUCAGGUAGCUCCUUAUAAAGAGAGAGACUCAACUCUGCCCCUCUAGCACUGUAACUAGGGCCAAGGAUCACACAGGGGGGCUGUGCUAUGCACACUCCCGUACAUGCACUCCUCUCUUAACGGAGCCAACCAGUCUCUGGUGUUCAGUCCUACGAAUGAUCCGAUGAUGGGGAUCCUUGGCAAUGGCACCGUCCUCCCGAACGGGAGCGAUCCUUUCGGUAGAAACGAAGAGGUCGCAAAAAUAGAGAUAACGGUCCUGAGCAUCACCUUUGUGGUGGCCGUGAUUGGGAACGUCAGUGUCUUGCUGGCCAUGUACAACACUAAGAAAAAGACGUCGAGAAUGCACCUCUUCAUCCGGCACCUUAGUAUUGCUGACCUAGUGGUCGCCUUCUUUCAGGUCCUGCCGCAGAUAUGCUGGGAGAUCACCUUUCGCUUCUACGGACCAGAUUUCCUGUGCAGGAUAGUGAAGCACCUCCAGGUGAUGGGCAUGUUCGCCUCCACCUACAUGAUGGUGAUGAUGACCCUGGACCGUUACAUCGCCAUCUGCCACCCUCUGAAAACCCUCCAGCAGCCCACCCAGCGGUCUUACAUCAUGAUCAUUAGCACCUGGAUGAGUAGUCUGGUCCUCAGCAUGCCGCAGUACUUUAUAUUCUCCCUGAGUGAGAUCAAGAACGGCUCGGAGGUCUACGACUGCUGGGGCCACUUCAUAGAACCGUGGGGCGUAAAAGCAUACAUUACUUGGAUAACCGUUGGCAUCUUCCUCAUACCCGUGUUCAUUCUGAUGAUAUUCUACGGGUUCAUCUGCCACAGCAUAUGGAAAAAUAUCAAGUAUAAGACCAAGAAGACACCCGUGGGAGGUGCGUCUAAAAACGGUCUAAUGGGCAAGAACUCCGUUAGCAGCGUCACCACUAUAUCCAGAGCGAAGUUGAGAACGGUCAAAAUGACUUUUGUGAUUGUUCUGGCGUACAUUAUUUGCUGGUCACCUUUCUUCAUCGUACAGAUGUGGUCGGUUUGGGAUGAGAACUUCGCAUGGGAUGAUUCUGAGAACACGGCUGUCUCACUGUCCGCGCUCCUCGCGAGUCUUAACAGCUGCUGUAACCCGUGGAUAUACAUGAUCUUCAGCGGGCAUCUCCUACACGACUUCACUCACUGUUUCCCGUGCUGUAAUAACUUACGCCACAAGUUCAAGAAAGAGGACUCUGACAGCAGUCUCCGGAGAAAUACGCUAUUGAGUAAAAUGACCAACCGGAGCCCAACAUGCAGUUCGGGCACAUGGAAAGACCCUGACAACUCGAACAAGUCUUCCGUUCCAUCUAUCCAAACGGAGACCUAACCCAGCGCGUUAAAAGCACAAACACACGACAGAGAUGAAUUAUAGUUAACUCGUAUUGACUUGACAAUUAUACAACUUUCAAGGUACCACUUAAAACUGUUGAGAUAUUGACACUGAUUGAUUAUUUCAUGUGUCUCUAAAAUAUAUUUGUGAUUAUGAAGUGGUUUUGGGGUUUAUUGUCUGGUAUGCCAGUCUUGACAACGUCAAAGUGAUAAACGAUUUAUUCUGGUAUAAACCAUUAUUAUGUAUGUGUGCCAUAUACAGUCCAGUGUUUCAUCAGGUUCCAAACCUGAUUCUCUGGAGUCUACUAUUGUUAAUAAUGACUGAAUUAGGCUACAUCAGAUCUGAAUUUGAAAAUGUAUAGUGGAAAAGAAACGGGUCAUCUGAACAUAUUUAAAUACCAACAGCCACAGCUAUAUCACCUGAGUUCUUUUUCUUUUUCACUUCCUAUAACAUUCCACAUUCCAGAGUCCUCUUUUCUAUGUAUUCUGAGUUGACAUGAUCCAGCCUAGGGAUUUCUACAGCAAAACCCAGACCACUUCGGAUGACAAAUUACAGAUCCGUGACCAAGAUGCAUGAUUUAGAUUAUCCCAGUCAUGCUAUUAAAAGUAAAUGCACUUUUUUUUAAUAACAGUUAGCCUGCUGUUUGUUUGUGUGUGUGACUAUGUGUUGGCCCUAAAUACAUUUGGCCCUGACAGUUUACAAAGUAACAGAGGUGCCUGUCUGCUGGCCUGGUUGACUUCUACACAGACCCCCCAUGGUGUGUUGUGGUCAGAAUGGCUCUUCCAUUAGCCACGUCAUCUAGUAACCAAGAGGAUCAUCUCUUUUAGGUGUCUGACCUUAUUUUGUCCUGUACUACUGUUUUGUAUCCUGUUUUGCAUCCUUGCAUCCUUGUUUUUCAAGCCUGAACCAAAGAUUAAUGGAUUCUGGAUAAAAGCUGCAUGUGUGCUGAAAUCAGGAUCUCAAUUCUACCUCACAUUGGACCAUUUUCCAUCCUUUUCUUCAGUGACUAUUUCCCAAAACAAUUCCAUAGAGCCUUGUAGCUCAUAAAUCGAUGAGAAAUUGUUUCUGCCGCAUUUAGAACCCUUAAAAUAUUGACCUUAAUCUAAAUGUCCAUUGGGACAUCAUCAUUAGUCAUCUAGUUUAUACAGUUCACCAAUGUCGUUAAGGCCGUCAUUGUAGGUCGUCAUUGUAAAUAAAAAUGUGUUCUUACCUGACUUGCCUAGUUAAAUAAAGGUUAAAUAUAUA